AGUAACGCAGAGCAGACUCAGUUAAACUGUUCUUCGCAGAUGCUGUCACAUACAAGAGCGAUUUAGUACGUCCUGUACUUUAUAAAGUACUGCACAGGCUCACGUUUUGUAAUCAUAAACGAACCUAGUUGGAUGCUAGAAGCAAGAGAGAGAAAAAAAGAUGUGCGAAAUCUGGAGCAAAACUAGAAAAGGCUGGACGCAAUCAUUAGAUGAAGCAAGAUGAAUAAAUCAUUAAACCCAAAAGCCUACAUUCGCUCCUUAAACCAUAGGCUCAUCAGAGAACUAUCAGACAUAUUGGAUCCACAAGAUGGGUGGAAGAGAUUGGCAGUGAACAUUAAAAAACCUACUGGAGAGCCAAGAUACAGCCAGUUGCAUAUAAGGAGAUUUGAAGGAGUGGUUCAAAUGGGAAAGAGCCCUACCACAGAACUCUUGUUUGACUGGGGAACAACCAAUACCACAGUCCACGAGCUUGUAGAGAUCCUGGUUCAAAAUCAUUUCCUUGCUGCAGCCAGCUUGUUACUUCCAGAAGAAGUACCAAAGGCUAUACCAUCUUGUUCAUCAACUGAAAGAACUGACACCUCUAAGUCUAAUACUGCAUGUAAAUCAAUGAUACCGGUUUAUGAUCAUGAACCUACUUACCAUGGCACAAACUGCAGCACCCAGGUGGCUGCAAACAGUUCAAUUCAGCAAAGCCUUGCUUCUGAUUCUGUGGAAACUAAUCUUCAAAGUUUCAGCUAUUAUGAGUUAAUGCAGAGGACUAAUAACUUUGAUGAGCGUCCAGUCUCACAUGGUGGCAGUAAGAUUGGUGAGGGAGGGUUUGGAGUUGUUUACAGAGGUCUCAUAAAUAACAGAGUGGUGGCGGUGAAAAAAUUGGCAGGACCAUCUCAUCACCAUAAUGUCAGUCCUGAGGAGUUGAAACGUCAGUUCCUUCAAGAAGUUAAAACAUUAGCAAGAUGUCAACAUGAAAACUUGGUCGAGUUACUUGGUUUUUCCAAUGAUUGGGAACAUCCCUGCCUAGUAUAUGCCUACAUGUCCAAUGGGUCAUUGCUGGACAGAUUAGCAUGCCAGGGUAAGACACCUCCAAUUUCUUGGCACAUAAGAUGCACUAUUGCUUUGGGUACAGCCGAUGGGUUAAAAUACUUGCAUGAAAAUAAUCACAUACAUCGUGAUGUGAAAAGUGCAAAUAUCUUGUUGGAUGCUUUGUUUGUUCCUAAAAUUUCAGACUUUGGACUUGCUCGGGCUGCAUCACAAUUAACACAGACUAUGUUAACUGAUAAAAUUGUUGGCACAACUGCAUAUAUGGCUCCAGAGGCUUUACGUGGGGAGAUUACACCAAAGUCAGAUCUUUUUAGCUUCGGAGUGGUCUUACUGGAAAUAAUAACAGGACUUAAAGCAGUUGAUGAGCAUCGUGAACCACAACUGUUGCUUGAUAUCAAAGAAGAAAUAGAUGAAGAAGAAAAGACAAUUGAAGAUUAUGUUGACAAAAAGAUGCAUGACUGGAACUCUGUGGCAAUUAAGAAAAUGUAUUCAACGGCAAGGCAGUGUCUAAAUGAAAAGAAGAACAAGAGACCAGAUAUUACAGAGGUAUGUAGCACUGAUACAUCUAUUCAGGUUAAAUGGUUCAUAGCCAUUUUAAAUAUUAAAUAUAAAAACAUUUUUACUGCUUUUACAGGUGUAUAAUUCAUUGAAAGAGACUUCUUCAGUUACUUCAUAGUGAGUUGAUGCUGGAAUCCUGUUACUGGUCACAACAAAAGUAUUACUCGGGGCACAGUAUAAACUUUGCAUUUUUGAUAUAUCUAGAGUAUUCUUGAAUAAACUUUUUAUAGGUCUGCAUAUUGCAUGUACCAUAUAUUCAGAAUAAAAAUUCUCAUGCACACCAUUAGUAGGUAUGGUGUUCUUUAUCCAUUUUAGUUACAUCUCUGUUAGUAACAAAGGAGAACAAACUAUACAUUGUAUCAUCUUUUACCCUAAUUUCAUUUUUCUUUACUGAUCCUGUUGCCAAAAUCAAUUUUUGUAACAAAAAUAAUUUAGUUUAUACAAGAUUAUAUAAGGAAAUGUUGUUAUGUGUUGUGAAUUAUAACAUUAUCUGAACAGAUCUAUAAUGCCUACAGAAUGCUAACCUCAAAGCCAGAAGGGAACAUAAAGAACACUUAAAUUGCCUGGGUAGUGAAGGCUAUGGGUCAGCCAAAUGCUGGAAGAUGGGAGUAAUACAGGUGGGUGACCACUGAUCAGCAUAGACACGGUGGGCUGAAUAGCCUAUUUCCACUCUGAAUGGAACCCUCACCACAUUUCAAAAAGUACCUGGAUAUGCACUCGGGAAGCCCUGCUCUGUGGGGCCUACUGGUAAAAUCUUUACCGACUGAAACAAACACAGAUGGCCAAAUGGCCUCCUGUGCCAUUAAUUUUCUGAUUCUGGGAAGGCUUUGGCAUUCCAAUAAAGAUUAGGCUUGACCCAACGAGCAUGCUGCACACUAUUUUUCCUCAUGAUUUGCACAGAAGUUUAAUUUCCUAUUGAUAAUUGAAUCAUCCACAAUAAUAAUUCCCAAUGUCCAUGCAACUAAAGUUCAAUCCAGCUUGCAUUCGCAUCCUAAACCUUUUGCUGGCCUUCAUCUGGUGCAGGUCUUGGAUUAUUUUCAGAAGACUGAUAGCAUUUUCCCACAACAAACUUGGUAUUUGCAUGGCUCUGGAAAUGGUGCUCAGCAGCAGUGGUAUGACCUCAAACUGGGUACCCCUUGUCCUUCAGAAUCUAUCCCUCAAGGCAGAGCUGAUUACAGAAAACAUCUAGCAUUUCAGUGUUACUGUGGGAAAAAAAACAUCAUGCGCUUCCAGAAGAUGGCAUUUACCUUCAGAAAAAUCUGAUGCUCCACAACCAUCUGUACAUUUGGCAAAUGGCAACACUUUGAAGUUCCAGAUCAUUAACGAGAAUUCAAGUACAGUUAAUGGCUGCCAGCACAUGGGUUUUGCCAGUAUUACUGGCUUCCCAAUAUCCAAGAUGUAAAUCAAGAAACUGCAGCUGCUGGAAAUGCAACCAAAGAUUUACAGAAUUGAUACGUUGACUGUAUCUCUUUCCAUAAGUGCUGUCUGACUCAGUACCCAACAUUCCACCUGUUGCUCAUCGAAAUCAAAUAGAUGAAGUCAUCUCUCCACAAGUACAAAACCCAAGUGACCACUCUGUUGUUACAGUAAGUGGCAAGUUCAGAGACAUGGCAGUGAUUUGCAGCAGCUGAAAGAUCUUGUGGCAAGGAGGUCAAGAGUCAUUAUGACUUUAACCUUCACACAGUGAUUAGAAUGUGGUCAAAGGUCUUUGUGCAGCAUUUCACCUAAAUCAGUGAUGACUGCCUUGAAAUUCCUAUGCAUGUGACUACAUUGUUCAGGAGGUCUAAGAAAGAUGCGUCAUCUCUGAUGACUGUGGGAGCAGACUCUUCCACAAGGACUCAUGUCUGCUUCCUGCUCCAAAAUCCCUGCCCAACUCAGCAUGGCCAGCACAAACCCACUUCCCCCACACUAGAUUGCCUCCAUUGGUUAACUAUUGCAUUUGUAUCUAGCAGCUAAUGCUGGAAAAAACACUGGAGCACAAUCCAUGGACUUUGGAGAGCAAGUAGCUGCAGUCAUUUCUUGAGGUGCCUAGUCAAAUCUCCCAAUGUUAAGUGGAAUAUCUCUUUAAAUAAUAAGCAAAGUAAUGUAGUGUCUUCCUGGUUGUACUUUAACUGUUCAACAGCAGGCUUAGGUUACAUAAAAAGCUCCAAUUUAUCCUUGCAAGGGUGGAAAUGAGCACCGUGUGAAUAGUUAUGUAAAUAGGGGCAAGGCUAAUGUUGGGAAAUAAAAAUCAGGUGCUGUGCAAUUCCUAGGCUAAGUAUUUGAAAAUACUUUGGUAGCUUAAGGUGUUGCCUUCAGAUUCGUAGAUACCAGAAAACAACUGUUUGACUACUGUAAAAAGAGAUUACCAGGAAGUGUUCCAUACAUGCAUAGACCACAGUACUUCUGGAUUGGUGCUGCAUGUCGGUAUUAUCCAUGUUAUGCCACUUUCUAAACUAUUCUGAAGGUACUGGCACAGUUCCAGACACAGUUUCACAAACUUACCAGCACAUUGGUAUCAUAUCCAAGUAGCUAUUUGCUGAGAUUUGCACAUAAAAUGUGAUUUAGUUUGUACAGAGAAAUUUAUUAGUGAUUCAUUAUUAACCUAGCUGAAAUUGAGAAUUUUCAUUCUUCUCCAUAAAGCCUGCAGCACCAAGAGAAAUGAGACAUUGACCAGUGAAAUACUGAAUUGAGAUGAUUUUUGUUUGUUAGAUACUAGAUGAGCCAUUCCAGAUUAUCAUAGGCCAUAGAAACAAUGGAUUUUCAAAGUCAAAGUCAUUGGGUGCUAUUUCUUUUUAAAAAAAAAACAUUUGCUAGCUUUGAUUUUUUAAUUCACAUAUAUCAGAAUUUAAUGUGCAAAAUUUGCUGAUUUUAUAACAAUUGCUACCAAUCAAAUCCAAAUCAUUCAUAUACAUUAAGAAAAGCUGUGGUUUCAGAACCAAUCCUUGGGAACUCCAAUGUGCACUUCCCUUCAUUCUGAAAGACAACCUUUUACUAUACUAACAACACCCUGCAUCGGGUCUCACUUGAGGUGUUGCUCCUCUAACCUGCGUUUGGCCUCAACGUGGCAGUAGUUGAGGUGUUCCCUUUAUUCCACGGUCAUCUGUCCACUCCUACCAGAUUCCUUCUUCAGCCCUUUGCCUCUUCCACCCAUCACCUCUCAGCUUCUUGCAUCAUUCCCUUUCAUCCCCCCUCCCCCACCCUACCCACCCACCUACCUAGCCAUCCAACUACAAAUAGUUGAUACAGGAAAUUGAGACCAAUCUGGUCACUUGGAUAGGAUCACUGGUUCUUUUACAUCUAUUUGAAAAAGCGGGAGAGCUCUCUGCAGUGACCUUACAAUACAUAUCCCUCAACCAACACCACAAAUACAAAUUAUCUGAUGGAGGUUUGUGGGACCAUGCCAAUGCAAAUUAGAGGUUUCACUUCCUACAUUACAACAUUUCAAAAGUACUUCACUAUGACAUCCUAAGAAGUCAUUCCCAAUAACAAUUUGGACUGAGAGCCUCUUGCCUCAAAUUAUCUUCUCCUUGACUGAUUUUUCAACACUAUUUGAUUUGUUUUUAAAUCCCCAUAGCUCUUAACCUCCUGAACAGGGAAGGGUUAAUUUGAUCCAUCUUGCCAAACACAAAUCAGAAAAAGCAAUAAUAUCCUAACAAUUAGGGUCCAAAUUAUCAACUAUAUGUUGAUAUUACAUUUAAUACGUGGAAAAUAUUAGUGGAACAUUUAGCAAAAUCUAGUAAAUUAAUGUCAAUAUAUCAAAUUUGAAUCAAUGUUUAGGUAACAAUGUUCCAUUACUGGAGAUUUUAAGAAGUCAUUAAAUAUUACAGGUCUAGCCUAAAGUUUAGACAAAUGAAACGGAGAUCAGAGUUAAUGACCAGAGCUUGGCAUUAUAUCUUAAAGACAUCAAUAAAACAAAAACAUGCACAGCUAUAAUUUGUAAUUAAGAUAUUACAGUAAUUGAUUAAUAAUUUUUGAGCAACAUAUUAACAUGAAAGCAUUGGUUCCUCACAAAUAAUUUGAUUAACAAGUAUACCAAUUGUUCCUGUUGUACAUGUGACACAUUUGUUAUAUGUAAUUACAUCAGUUUCUGCUAUACAAGUUUAGAUAAAGCCAGGUUGAAACCUACACAGAAGUUAUAAAUCAUCAAGGACUUUAUGAUACCUCGAUUAUAAUACAUCUCAAUUUUAAAUGAGGUGUCACAGAAUACGUUAACUACAGUGGAUGAGGUCAUAAGGAGUCCUGUUAAGCUUUUACAGUUAUCCUUGUGCAUUAAUAAUUGCCUCUUAUAUUCAAGACGGUCUGGGUGUCCCUGCGUUUGUGACCCAGAUCCCCAUUGUGAUUAUAUGGCAGCUUGAGGGAUUUAGCAGGGCGAGAGAUUCACUCACUGGGAUUGACCUUAGUGCUAAGACUAUGAGGUAUUGAGAUAGAAGGUAUCUUGAUUUUAGUCAAGGAGGUAUUUCAAUUGCAUAUACAGUGCAACUAGUGUUGGUAUUGAUGAUAGGAAUGUUGGAAUUAGUUGGAGAGAUGAGGAGAUCUUUCACUGGGUCUGGUUUGCCUAUGCAGGUGGUUGGGAUAGCACGUUUUAAAAAUGAUCCUAGAUCUGGUGAGUGGAUAAAGGGUUUUAGUUCUUUUACUGAAUCAAAUUUUAUCAACUCACUUUUAUUAAGAUCAAAUACAUAUCCUGUGAAAUAGGGUCUUGCUACUGCAAGACCUGGUUUGGAUAAGACCUGCAGGUGAUGUCACUCAGUAAACGAAACCAAUUUCCUGCAGUUAAAAUGGCGUUACAAAGAUCACUGUGUGUAAUUGUGAAAUAUAGUGUAAAGUUAUUAGCAUUCACUUUACCCAAGAUUUCAGCAUCCAACUGGAGCAAAAAACCCAAACCAAAUUACUACCAGCACGCAAAUUGGUAGGAAAUGUACAACUGGAGAGGUGAUGGUUAUCUAUACAAAUGUACCACAUAAUGGAAUCCAAUGUAACAUUUUUUAAAAUAAUUUUAGGUUCUAUUUAGUUCUGUACAGUUUGACAGCAUUUAUGUUGGAAUAAAACAAAGAAACUUGGCACUAUUACUGAAUUAAAAUCGUUUGGUAGCUUGCAUUAAGCAAAUGAAGAUUGCUUCCUAGUCAAAAGAGAAGAUUGAUAAAAACAUCAAGAAAGCCAACUAUAGUGUGUAUUCAAUCUA